CGCGCAAGCGCGCCGCCCCGGCCCCGCCCUUCCCCCGCCCCCCGGCGGCCCCGCGGUCCCACGGCGCCAGGUCGCCCCCGGCCCCUCCCUCUUUCCACUCUCUGAGUCCUACCCUCUCUAGCUUUGUGCCCCGGGCUCCAAGCUGCUUCCCUCUCGACAGCGCUGCGGGAGGAGGGAGCCUCCGCUGGGGAGUUACCACUUGCUGCCCCAGGCAGGGGCACAGUUAGAACCAAGGCAAUGUCUUACUACCUCAACUCAGAAAACCACCUGGACCCAGGACCCAUCUACGUGCGAGAAAAUGGGCAGCUGCACAUGGUCAACCUGGCCCUGGAUGGUGUCAAGAGUAGCCUGCAAAAGCCAAAGCCUUUCAGACUGUUUCCCAAAGGCUUUUCUGUGGAGCUUUGUAUGAACAGGGAAGAUGAUACUGCACAGAAAGAGAAGACUGAUCAUUUCAUCUUCACAUACACUCGGGAAGGGAAUCUUCGGUACUCUGCCAAAUCUCUCUUCAGUCUGGUCCUGGGCUUCAUCUCUGACAAUGUAGAUCACAUUGAUUCCCUUAUUGGCUUCCCUGAGCAGAUUGCUGAAAAGCUGUUCUCUGCUGCUGAAGCCAGACAGAAAUUCACUGAGCCAGGUGCAGGGCUGAGGGCUUUACAGAAAUUCACUGAGGCCUAUGGAAGUCUGGUGCUGUGCUCCCUGUGUUUGCGAAACAGGUACUUGGUGAUUUCAGAAAAGCUUGAGGAGAUCAAGUCUUUCCGGGAGCUGACUUGCCUGGACCUUUCCUGUUGCAAGCUUGGAGAUGAACAUGAACUUCUAGAACAUCUCACCAAUGAGGCCCUCUCUAGUGUAACUCAACUCCACUUGAAGGAUAAUUGUUUAUCAGAUGCUGGGGUUCGGAAAAUGACAGCACCUGUUCGAGUGAUGAAAAGAGGCCUUGAGAAUCUGACGUUAUUAGACUUAUCGUGCAACCCUGAGAUCACAGACGCAGGAAUUGGAUACCUCUUCUCUUUUAGAAAACUAAACUGCUUAGAUAUCUCUGGGACAGGGCUCAAGGACAUCAAAGCCAUCAAACACAAACUUCAGACCCACAUAGGCCUCGUUCACUCCAAAGUGCCUUUGAAGGAAUUUGACCAUAGCAACUGUAAGACGGAGGGCUGGGCUGACCAGCUUGUUCUGCAGUGGGAACGUGUCACUUCAGGAGCCGUGAAGCCACGUGAAACCUCAGAGCCUCGGACGGCAGCCCAGCACUUCUAUGGGAAGCGAUCCCGGACAGACAUGGCAGUGAAGUGCGCUCUGGCAGAUGCCCACAUGAACUCUUCGGAAAAACUCCAGUUCUAUAAAGAAAAAGCCCCAGACUGCCAUGGGCCAUUGUUGAAACGGGAGCCUGCCUUGUGUCCGGAGUCAAAAAAGAACAAGAAAAGAGCUUUUGAGGAUCCAGAAAAGGAACAGAAUAACUCUUCACAGUCUUCAAAGCAGAAAUACGUAUGUCUUUCUGUGGAAGACUGGGACUUAAUAAAUUCUUAUUGAUAGACAAUAAGUUGACCUUUCCCCACUCUCACCCCCAUUCUCACCCCCCCUCCACUCUAAUGGAAGAGGAAAGGGGACUGAUGAUGUUUACUUUUUGGUUGAGUUUACCUAUGACAUUAGCAUAGCAAGCAGAUAUUUCUACUUUUGUGGUGGGGGUGGGGACUGCUAUGGAAGUAUGUAAUAAUUUCUAAUGUAUAUUUUCAAUACAUAGUAAUUUUUUCAAAUAAACAUUUUUUGCUGUCCUUAAA